GGUGCUGGUAUCUGUUAUUCUGUCAGAGCUUGAGUGGGGUACUAUUUCUCUGUAAUUCCGUUUUCUUCUGAAAGGUGGAAGGACACCAAAACAGUAAAGACAAAAACAGCUCCACACAUUCUUUCUCCUCUCCACAACUUAUUACAACAGCUUGCUUUCAGACUCAGAUUUCAAUCUACUUUAACUCAACUUCCAACUGCUCUUCUCUAAUUUAUUAAACAAACCCCAUAAACAUCUUUAAUCACUUGUUAAAUCAGAGAAUUGUGAAUAUUCUUAGGUAAAUCACAUGGGUUUUUGAGCACUUUCUCUGGCAUUCUUUGAAGCUCUUGUUGAAUAUGAUGUUUCAAGAUGAUGGAUCGUCGUCUGUGACUUCAUCGCCUUUUCAGAAUUCUCCCAUGAUUUCACUCUCUCCUGGCCUUGGAUCACCAUAUCCAUUGCUCAAAGAACUUAAAUCCGAGGAUAGGGGUCUGUAUUUGAUACACUUGUUGCUCACUUGUGCAACUCAUGUAGCCACUGGAAGCCUUGAAAAUGCUAAUUUGUCGCUUGACCAAAUCUCCCACCUUGCUUCGCCUGAUGGAGAUACGAUGCAACGUAUUGCAUCAUAUUUUGCUGAGGCGCUUGCUGAUAGGAUACUUAAAGCGUGGCCUGGUCUUUACAAGGCCCUUCAUUCCACCAAACUGUCAUUGUUUUCAGAAGAUAUUCUUGUGCGGAAGAUAUUUUUUGAGGUCUUUCCAUUCUUGAAGGUGGCUUUUAUUGUCACAAAUCAAGCUAUUAUUGAAGCGAUGGAAGGGGAGAAAAUGGUUCAUAUAAUUGACCUAAAUGCAGCAUAUCCAAUGCAAUGGCAUGCCCUUCUUCAAGAUCUGAGUGCACGACCAGAAGGCCCUCCGCACUUGAGAAUAACCGGGGUUCAUCCACAAAAAGAGGUAUUGGACCAAAUGGCUCAUGUAUUGACCGAGGAAGCUGAGAAGUUAGAUAUACCAUUUCAGUUUAACCCUGUAGUUAGUAAGCUAGACAAUCUUGAUAUUGAACAGCUACGUGUAAAAACCGGAGAGGCAUUAGCAAUUAGUUCAAUUCUCCAAUUACAUUCACUGUUAUGCCCGGUUGAUGAGCCUCAUAAGAGAUCUCCAUUAACUACAAUGAAAUCAAAUGGAGUCAACUUGCUCAGAGCCUCACAAAUCAAGCAGAGCACUUUAGGUGAUUUGCUCCAAAAGGAUAUGGUUAAUGGACAAAGCCCUGGUGCCGACUCAGCAUCCUCCUCACCGCAAUCCUCAGCUCCUGCAGUUCAAAUAGAUGGUUUUCUCAAUGCAUUGUGGGGCUUGUCACCAAAAGUCAUGGUAGUAGCAGAGCAAGACUCUAAUCACAAUGGAUCCAGCCUCAUGGAGAGACUAUCAGAAUCUCUAUACUUUUAUGCAGCAUUAUUCGACUGUUUAGAAUCUACACUUCCAAGGUCAUCAAUGGAAAGACUAAAGCUGGAAAAGUUUCUUUUCGGAGAGGAAGUCAAGAACAUUAUAGCUUGUGAGGGAUCCAGUAGGAAGGAAAGACACGAAAAACUUGAAAAAUGGAUCCAAAGGCUUGAUUUUGCAGGAUUUGGCAGUGUGCCUUUGAGCUAUUAUGGCAUGUUGCAAGCAAGAAGAUUGGUACAAGGUUACAGCUGUGAUGGCUAUCGGAUCAAAGAAGAGAAUGGCUGUGUCGUUAUUUGUUGGCAAGAUAGAGCACUUUACUCAGUUUCUGCUUGGAGGUGUAGAAGAAUGGCCGAGGUUGAUGUCUGAAGAAUACAAAGGAGAUGAAUUGAGCCUGAUAGUUAAUUUUUUCUUCCUAAGUUCACAUAUUGUAAAGUAAUAUAUACCCAGUUUAAGAAUGUGAUUUUUGAAUGUUUAAUGACAUCUUUCAUACAGCGC